GGACACAAGGACACAUGCUGUCAUGCAAAGCAGUACGCUCUUGAUCCUCAAAUUAUCUAAAUUUGUCAUCUAUUGGAAACAAACCACACGCAAUUUAAUCUCCGUCAAAAGGAGAAAAACAAAAGAUCUUGAAAGGUCCGUUGAACUGAAAGUCACUCUGGAUUUAAUGUGUCAAAAGAUGAUUUUAAAAAGGUUUGCUUGAGUUUACCAUUAGUUUAAUAAAAAAAAAAAAAAGUUGGAUUUCAGUGGUAGGCUGUGAGCAGAUCGAUCGUCCGCUCCUUUCCUGGAGGGAGGACGACGAUGUGAGCUCAUCAGCAGAGUCAUUGCAGAGCGACAUUAAUCAUCAGAAAUCUAAAUGAGUGACGGCUGGUGGAACAUCCGUAACAAACCAAAUGCAUUUUUCCAAACAAAUAAAUACCAUGUACAAAGUAGUUUGUGUUGUGCAGUUCUGUUGACUUUAGUUAUUAUAUUUCAGUAUCUUCAGCCCAUCCCUCCGUCCUCUUCCACAAAAACAAACCGACUGACCCAAGACCAACAGAGAGAUCUUCAACCCAAACUCAAAAUAAGGGGGGGGGUAACCAAACCAUCCUGGAUUUAAUCUCCUAAGGAACCGACUUAAAAUAAAGACACUUGGGCUCUCAAACCCCAAAAGAGAAAAAAGAAAUGAUGCAGGAUUAUGAAGCAAACAUCGAAGACGAUUUAAAGUAAAAAUAAAAACAAAUAAAACUCGUCUGCGUGACUAGCGUGAUGUUUUACAGUCAAAGUUGUCCAUUGAAUUGCAAAUUCCAGUCAGUGCAGCACUCAAGCCCAAAUGUCCAAAAGGCAAAUUGGAUAUUUUAAAACAGGCCAUUAGUGUCGCGUUUCAGUGAAGUCAACAGAGUGAUGGUGGUGAACCGAGUCGCGUGUCCGGUGGAGGGAGGAAUGCCCCGAUGUCCUCUUAUAACGCAAGGGACGGAUCGAGCUUUUAAUGCUGGCUGCUCACAUGUGAUCAAUACCUUAGACAUUUGAAUAGGGAAUAAUAACCCGGCUGCUUUUAUAUGAAAGCGGGAUAAAACCACACAAUAAAGAGAUCAUCUCUGGCUUAAAUGAGCAUGGCAUGAAUAUUUGCGUACAAGUUCAAGGCAUUGAUACUUCCCCUUACGCCGUACUUGGGAAUAUUUGAAUGCCUCUAUUUGUGUGUGAGCAGCCAAGGCUUUCUGGGAAUUUACAUAACAGCAUGCCGGGCUCGGUGAUUGGUUGCUCUCUGCUCCUUCAGGUGUAGUAAAAAGCCUUGACGGGCGGAGAGGGUUUCACAGAAGGGCAGCUUUAACCACAACUCGAUAUGAAGCAGAGGGCUCUGGGGUGUCUCAUCCUCUCGGGUCUCUUCGGGGUGGCCCUCGGUUGGUGGCAGAUUUAUGUUCAAGACCUAAAGACGUGGUCAGAGGCCCAGGAAUACUGCAGAGAGCACUACACGGAUCUGUCUUCAAUCAGCAACCAGGAGGAAGAAACAAGCUUCCUGGUGAAUCUUUCCCGGACGUCUGAGAUCUGGAUCGGUCUCCACCAAGGUGACAGCGGUGGGUGGGAGUGGUCGGGAGGUGAAAACGCAUCGUUCCUCAACUGGGCAAAGGGGGAAGAGAAAGACAAGGGCAAAGGAGACAGAUGCGUGGUCCACACGGAUGGAGGCUGGCGCAAAGUCGACUGCAGCGAACAAAACACCUUCUCCUGUUUUCACAACGGCCUGGUUUUGGUGAAGGAGAACCAGACGUGGGAGGAGGCCAUGGAGCGAUGUCGCCUGCGGCACAGCGACCUGGUCAGCGUGACCUCUGAAUCCGUCCUGCUCGAGACCCUGAGGACCAGCAGGGAGGCCCAGACGGAGCGCGUGUGGACCGGCCUGCGCUUCCUGGCCGACGGUUGGCUGUGGGUGAGCGGCGAGGCCAUGAGCUACCGGGCCUGGAGCCCCGGGGAGACGCCGCAGUGCCCCGCCUGGACCCGGCGCUGCGGGGCCCUCUCGCUGGAGGGACGCCACUGGGAAAGCUGGGACUGUGCUGACACGCUCAAUUUUGUUUGCAAUAUUGAGUAAAAUGCUCCUUCACCGGAAAAAUUUGACAUUUGUUUGAAAGAAAAGCAAUAAAAGAAAGUAGUAAAAUGUUGUUGUUUAUGGUUCUUCAUAUAACAAACACAUUCAUGGUGGUAACGGGUUUGGCUGAUGUUUACCUUCGUUUUAAAAGCUAAAAUACUAAUAAAUGAACAAUGCAUCAUUAACGAUGUUGCCUUAGUUAAUAACAAGCAAGUGUUUGGGCCAAAAAAAGGGCAAUGAUUCACGGGUCCCUGAUGGCCCGAGAAGAUUCUGUCAGACAGCAUGUGGUCACGAGGUCACCCGUCCUUCUGGGUGUAGAUAUCCAGAAGAGGGAGACUCUGUGUGUGUGUGUGUGUGUGUGAGAAGCCUGAUUCUAUAUGUGUUGCUUUGUGUGUGUGUUUGCGGGUUGUGCGGUCACAGUAGAUUAACCCCCCGCUGUCAUUCC